CUGGGAGCAUUUGACCACGUGAUGCGAGAGAUGUUAGAGAGCAGCCAUCAUCAUUUCACCUAAUUCAUGUCCAGCCUGAAAUGGUAAAAGGUAAUUAAGACGACAAGGAAACUGAAAACUACGAUGGAGUAGGUGAAGCUCGUGAAGCCUCCUCCCGGUCUCAUCCACUGUGUUGUUCCCCAACUUACCAAGGUCGGCUCCAAAUCCCACCUGGUGUGGCCUUUGCUGUCUGCAGCUUGUCACAACGUGGAGCAACAAACCUGCUUCUUGGGUUGCUGGAGCACAGUGGAGGAGAGGGUCUGAGGCUGCUUACUCCCCCCGUUGGUCUUUGAGGAGGGGGGGAGGAGGAGGAAGAGGGAGCUGCUAUAACCACCCAGAGCAUGGGGCAGAAAGUCCCAGGUGGCAUUAAAACCAUUGAUAUGCGGGAUCCAGCGUUCAGCCCCCUGAAGCUGGAGCUACAGGCCCUGAGUCACACCAAGCCGUCUCGACUGGAUCUGCUGCUGGACAUGCCACCCGCCGGUGUGGACGUCCAGGUCCAGCACUCGUGGAACAAUGACGACCGUUCCCUCAACAUCUUUGUCAAGGACGACAACAAGCUGGUGUUUCACAGGCACCCCGUGGCGCAGAGCACGGACGCCAUCCGGGGCCGUGUUGGCUACACGAGGGGACUGCACGUGUGGGAGAUCAGCUGGGCUAUGCGUCAGAGGGGAACGCACGCUGUGGUCGGAGUGGCUACAAGUGACGCCCCGCUACACUCUGUGGGCUACACGGCUUUGGUAGGAAGCAAUGCCGAGUCCUGGGGCUGGGACCUGUGCAGGAGUAAACUCUACCACGACGGCAAGAAUCACCCAGGAAUAACCUACCCUGCCUUCCUCGAGCCAGACGACACCUUCAUAAUACCAGACUCCCUCUUAGUAGUCUUGGACAUGGAUGAGGGGACGCUGGGUUACAUAGUGGAUGGACAUUAUCUAGGGGUAGCAUUCAGAGGACUUAAGGGCAGGAAGCUGUACCCAGUGGUGAGCGCCGUGUGGGGACACUGUGAAAUAAGAAUCCGGUACAUAAAUGGACUUGAUCGUGAGUACAAACUUUAUUAAUAUUCUGUUAUUCUU